AUGCUUGAAAAAAGACAUGUUCCAAAAGAAAAAAUCACUAAAUCAGCACGAUAUAUGCUUGGCAUAAGUGCAAUUUCAAUGCUAGGGCUAUGGUACCUUAUCUAUGCAUUUUCCCCAACAAAAAGAUUAGUUGCCGUACUCCCAAUAUCAUUCUUAAAAAAUGGAUACAGUGCUUUGGAAAAGAGAGCAAGCAACAUGAAAUAUCCAAAAAACUUAAAUCCACAAGAAAGAGGAAGGCUAGCCAUUUCUAUCUUAGAACUUAUUCCAUCCAAUAUUGCACUUGCACCAAUUUUACUACCUUUAAAGGUUUGGCUUUCUGUUAAACUCUCAUAA